AGGUAGCUUACCCUCUCCCUCCUCUCCCUGUCUCUCCAUCUCCUUCCUCCUUCCUUUCUGCGCUUUAUCCACCCAGCCCGUCACGAGGCCUCCGGGAUCCUUGCCUCCUAUUCCACCAUCUUUCCCAUUUUUCCAGGCGGCAGGCAUUGGUUUGGGGGCCUUGAACAUCGGCACCCCAGCAUUUGCCUCUGAGGCUUAGAAGCUGAGGGAGCCCACUCUUGGCUCGGGCUGAAACAGGGUCAUCAUGCUAGCCCCUUGGGUUCUGAAAAGCCUGAAGCUCUGGCCCCUGGUGGCCGCAGUCUGUUGUUUGGCAGCACUCCCUGCUCAGGCCAGCAAGAGCUCUGAAGAUAUCCGCUGCAAGUGCACCUGUCCACCUUACAGGAACAUCAGUGGGCAAAUUUACAACAAGAAUGUGUCCCAGAAGGACUGCAACUGCCUGCACGUAGUGGAACCGAUGCCGGUGCCGGGCCAUGACGUGGAGGCGUACUGUCUGCUGUGCGAGUGCAGGUACGAGGAGCGCAGCACCACCACCAUCAAGGUGAUCAUUGUCAUCUACCUGUCAGUGGUAGGAGCCCUGCUGCUCUACAUGGGCUUCCUGAUGCUGGUGGACCCCUUGAUCAGGAAGCCGGAUGCCUAUACCCAGCCGCUGCACAAUGAGGAGGAGAAUGAGGAUGCCCGCUCUUUGGCGGCGGCGGCAGCCCCUCUGACCGGCUCCCGGGCCAACACGGUGCUGGAGCGGGUGGAGGGCGCCCAGCAGCGGUGGAAGCAACAGGUGCAGGAGCAGAGGAAAACAGUGUUUGAUCGCCACAAGAUGCUCAGUUAGACCUGCGGCCAUGGCUGCCACGGGGUCAGCUUGGGCCACGGUGAUCUCAGGAGUCGCUCCUACUUGCCCCAGUCUUCCCCCUUCCCCUGUUGACCUCUCCCCUUUGCUCUGGGGCCUAUGGGGUUUCCUCUCUUCCCCUUUCUCUCCCUUCCUUCCUUUGGUGCACAGUAAGUGGUUUAGGUGAGCCAGAAAGGGGUAAUCCCCUCCCUGCUGCAUGCCAGGGAUGCCUGGUCACCUCUGAGUCCCCAAACUGGAGAGAUGCCCCCAUGGCCCAUGGGGACAGUUCAAGACCUGGGGAGAAGUGGCAGUCUAGAGAACUCUGUCCAGGGCAAAGACAGCAGGGAUCAUCCUGCCUCUUCCCACAACUCCCUCCCCAGCUUCUACUAUGCUCUGAACCCAGGAGAAAGACCCCCUUCCUCCCACAGCCCAGUAGACCACCUCCCCUGCCAGUUGUUCUUCCUUCUUCCUUCCCCCCCCACCUUCUCCCCCUCCCCACAACCAGCACCAUCCUCCAUGGGACCUUAUUUAUUCUGCUGCAUUUUAUUUGAGCAUCAGAGACAAGUGGCCCAAGCCUGUCCAGGAGAAGCAUCCACCCCCCCCCCCACUGCCCCGGGGCCCCUGCCUUCCAAUGAAGAGCAAGUCAGGUGAUGGGUGUGGGCCCUGGGGCAGAGCUGGGCCUUACCCUUAUCUGGAAGAAACUGCCAAAAUGGCUCUCAGUUCCUGCCAGGUCCCCUUAGGCCUUCCUCCACCGACCUCAUGUUCAUUCCUGCUGGCCUAUCUGUAAGUCAAGGUAAUGGGGAUUAAAUGAUUCCUCUCACCUAA